GAAACUUUCGAUAAUCCUAUUCCUAAUGAACCAUCAAAUAAAAAUAAUGAAACCUUUUCUUUAAAUCAAGAUAUAAACCCACUUCAAAUCACAACAUCAGCCCCACUUUAUUUACUUGAUUCAUCUUUGUCUGAUACAGCAAGCUCAAGCCUUUCACCUUC